AGGAUGCAGAAGAGGAAAAGGGGUUGAGAUACAUACAUCAAGACAAGAUCAUGACAUUUUUUGAUGGUGGAUGUCAAAGGCAGUAAAUGGGAGCUGAUAAGCCCCUCAUCUUUCAGCUUGCUCCUUCAAGUUCUAGGGGCAAGUGGGUGGUGACAUUUUGAACUAAACUUCUGUGUGAGGAAUACCAGGUUGAGAAAAUUGCCAUUGUGAAUCCAAAAUCAAAAGAAGAGACCACUGGACACCCUUUGUGAAAAUGACUGACCAUAAAGUCAGCCUUCCUGCUAAGCUGAUUAAUGGGGGAGUGGCAGGUCUAGUGGGCGUGACCUGUGUUUUUCCUAUUGAUCUUGCCAAGACUCGCCUCCAAAACCAGCAGGGGGCCCGUCUCUAUAGUGGGAUGCUGGACUGUUUGGUGAAGACUGUUAGAACAGAGGGUUACUUUGGGAUGUAUCGAGGUGCAGCAGUGAAUCUCACCCUUGUAACCCCAGAGAAGGCCAUCAAACUGGCUGCAAAUGACAUCUUCAGGCAGAAGCUUUCUAAAGAUGGAAAGCUGCCCCUUUGGGGGGAAAUUCUGGCUGGAUGUGGGGCAGGAACCUGCCAGGUGGUGGUAACAACACCAAUGGAGAUGCUGAAAAUCCAGUUGCAAGAUGCAGGCAGGUUGGCUGCACAGAAGUCAGCCACAACACCUACUCCAGAGCCAGCCCCAUCACUAGUGGCACCACAGGCGUCCCAGUCUACCCCUAGGCCACGGCCCUCUGCCACGAACAUCACCCUGGAGCUUCUGAGGACUCGAGGCUUAGCUGGGCUUUACAGAGGAGCGGGGGCCACUCUGCUCAGGGACGUCCCCUUCUCAAUGAUCUACUUUCCACUGUUUGCCAACCUAAAUACGCUGGGCCGAAGUGAUCCAGGUUGCCCGGGAGAUGAGCUAAAGCGAGCCCCCUUCCUGCACUCCUUCAUGUCAGGCUGCAUCGCUGGAUCAGUCGCAGCUGUGGCAGUCACGCCUUUAGAUGUUAUUAAAACUCGUCUACAGACCUUGCAAAAGGGUGAAGGGGAGGAUUCCUACCGUGGCAUUCUAGACUGUAUACGACGUGUCCUGACUCGAGAAGGGCCUACAGCUUUCCUGAAAGGAGCUACGUGUCGUGCAUUGGUCAUUGCCCCUCUCUUUGGCAUUGCACAGGGUGUCUACUUUUUGGGUGUAGGUGAAGAGGUGCUCAGCCUGCUGGGAUAGCAACAGGAACACUUUCCAACCAUGCAAAAUAUACAGUUUCCUCAUGCAGUUUAGGAGGGUGGGGGUCUGCGGCAAAGUAUGGAGAGGUUGUUAACUAAAUGCUAACAUAUUUUCAGUACCAACAAACAUUGUGUAGUUGUUUUUUUUUUUUUAAUCUGUAAACAGGUUUUGAUAAUAGGCAAGGGUUGGGUAUGUUAAUGCUCCAAUCAGAUAGCCUCCUGUCUGAGAUGGGAGCAUUUUAUCUUAAGGCAAAUAUAUACAUUUACAAGACUGAAUGAAUGUCUGAAUGAAUGAUACUUUUGUAGUGCUUUUCUUGACACCCAAAGCGCUUUACAUAUAUUGCAAUGAUAUAAAUCAAUGAUAUAAAUAUCCCUAAUGUACAAGGCCAUGGAUGACAGAACAGCUGGUUGUGCUGGUACUCUCACUAUUCUUUUCCAAUCGAAUGGGGAGAAUGAACAGAACUAGCCAGAACAAGCCCUCAACAUCAAUACUGAAUAUACACUAUAUUGCCAAAAGUAUUGGGUCACCUGCCUUGACCCCCAUAUAAACUUCAAUGUCAUAUUAAGACCUAUGGAUUAAGAAUAGGAUGUGAUUGGUC